CAUUCUUCAUCCGCCGGUAUCGUUUGGAUAUUUUCUCACAAGUGAGACUGAGCUCUGAAGGAAGUGGAUUAUCUCUCCAUCCUUUGUUUCCACCAUCUUCUUCUUCCACGGAUAGAAGAGUCCUCCAUUGUCUCUUCACCGCACAUGUGGAGGAGCUCCUCAUCCCCAUCAUCAGCAUCUUCUCCAUCCUCUCUCUGCAAACACCUGCAUGUUUUUGCAGGGAAGUUCUCCUGGUCGGUCGUCGCUGAAGUUGCGUGCUUGACUGCAACAUCCAGCCAGCAACAUGACUUCGAGUAGAGCCUAAAGACUUUUUUUUUUUCUUAAACAAGGAACUUUAGUCCAAAGAGAGAUUUUUUCAAGAUGAUGCUCAGUCCGGACCAGGCCGAGGCGGACCUCUCGUGGACUCAGUCCGACCCGGAGACGCUGCUGAGCGGCCUGAAGUCUGCGGGCUGCUCGUCGGAGGAACCGGCGGAGGAGGGCGAGGAGCGGGCCAACAAGUGUCGGUCCGAGCAGCCUCUGAGCCGCGAGGAGAAGCGGCGGCGGCGGCGGGCGACGGCCAAGUACCGCUCGGCCCACGCCACCAGGGAGCGGAUCCGAGUAGAGGCGUUCAACGUGGCCUUCGCGGAGCUCCGCAAACUGCUGCCCACUUUACCCCCCGACAAGAAACUGUCCAAAAUCGAGAUUCUCAGACUGGCUAUCUGCUACAUCUCCUACCUGAACCACGUCCUGGACGUCUAGACCUGAUCCGACGUAUCCUGAAGAAGUUCCUGGAGGUCUAGACCUGGUCCGAGAACCACGUCCUGGAGGUCUAGACCUGGUCCGUGUGGCCUUUACGUGCUCAUCAGCAGUAUUUGUACUACGUCCUUUACUUUGGACUCAUCACCCAACGCGGGACCAGGUUUCCCCACCAAAACCAGCAGGUAUGCACAGGGGUCCAAAGUGUGGCCGGGGGGGCCAUUUGUGGACUUUUUAUUAAUUUCCCGCCCAUUUAUUGUCUCUUCACAAAUUAUAAACAUUCUAAUGAGAAAGAAGAAGACUGUCGGUAAUGUUACAUAAAACAAUUUAAUUCUACAAACCAUUUGCUUAGUCAACUGUAACAUAAAGUUGACUAACAAUGGAUUGUUUUAAUAGCCAAUAAAAAUAAAAAUAAAUUAUUUUUUAUUUUUAUUAUAUUUUUUGCAAGCUUGGACACGUCUAAUAAAAAAAUAAUAAGAUAUACACUUUUCAUUUCCUGGACUUUUCACAAUAAAAGUGUCUUGUUGGUGGACAGCUACAAGGAGAUCCCUAAAGUCUGGACACUUGCACAUAUCAUACGACAUUUUUAUUUUUUAUUUUGUAUAAAAAUACAUUAAUCCCACGUAUUGAUUUUUUUUACCAUACUUGUAUUUAUAUUAUCAUAUAUAGCCUAUAUGUUUGAUUAAAUGAUUUAAUUUUAUUUAUUUUUGUAUUAUUCAUGUGUGAAAUACAACUUGAUAUAAUGCACAUAGUGUAUAUUCUAUUUGUCCAGACUUGAGGGCCAGCUUGUAGAUGAGAGCGUUUGGAAUAAAACAAACAAAAAAAAAAGGGUAAUAAAGAUAGCUGCUUUAGAUUUUUAGUUUAGGAAGGAUUAAAAAAAAAAAAAUCAAACGAAAUGCGUAAGUGCCACUUAAAUAACGUGUGACCUUGCUAGUUAUUUAUUUUAUUGUGUUGAUAUUUAAGAGUCAUUUAUUUAUGUUCGUAUCAGUGUGUGUUUUGCGUUUAGACUGUGAAGUUGUGGUGUUUUGGGGUUUUUUUUCGCACUCUUGAAAAAUGGCACUUUGUGUUUCUUUAUUUAUUUAUGCUGCGUUUGAUGUGUGUAUCAAUUCUUAUGACCUUUAUUUGAUGUCUAUUGUGUAUCAAUAGCAACGACAAGCACUUGAAGACGGAGCAGUGGCUCUAAAAUCUUUAUUUAUUUCCACUCAUAAAUGUCAUUUUGCAAUUCUGAAAAUAACAUAUUGUUUUUUUGCUGGGACCAAAUCAUUUGAAAAAAAUGACUUGUGUUGAAUAUUUUUGGUGUUUUUGCUUUGUGUUUCUGCUUCUUUUUUUGGGGGGGAAAUUAAUGAUGUGUUUUUGUCGUGACAUAUCUUGUAUCCAAAGAUCUGUUUGUCUCUUCAGGGUUGUGUAGACCACUUGUUGCUUUAUGCACAUCUUUUUCUAGUAGAGAUAUUAUUGCUUUCUAAACAACACUUUUCAUAUUUUCAAUUAAAAUGAACAUAUUGGAAAACACUGUUUGUAUUGUCUUUUAAACGUGCUGUAAUAUUUAGUACUUACGAGGGGCUGAAAAUUGGAGUUAAAGGUGACAAAGCGCAUUAGUAGACUCAAUGUUAUGUCAGCUUU